AUGCAAGAUUUAAGAAAAGUAGGGCCAAGAUCACCUAAAGAGUUUCGGAUUAUCGCAUGUAUUGAAGGAAACAAAAAGAUUCUUUUACAAGACCUAAUCCCCAACGAUCAUUGCCUCUUGUUAUCUCGUAAAUCAACAAAAACAAGAGACGUUUACAAAGUUCAUCGAUAUUUGUUUGAUUACCCUUCGUUUUCUUUCUCUUCUACGACCUACAUUAAUUCAUCUUCAUCGGCGCAACCAGCAUCGGUUUUCCUGGUUUCUUCUUCAAUUCAUAACACAAUAAUCAAUGAAUGA